CUUGUGUUUGCAUUAGUUUGUCACCAUGUUAGUGGGACUCCUGAAGAUAGACUUGGCCUCAGUGGGCUUGACUCUGUUUCUAGGCUUAAUUUUUCUGGUUCUGUUUGAGAUCUGCAGGAUUCGUUCCUACAAAGGUCGAUUUCCGCCUGGUCCAACACCUUUGCCUUUUGUGGGAACCAUACCUCAUUUCUUGAAGAAUCCAAUGGGCUUCAUAAGAUCAUUAUCUCAGUAUGGAGAGAUGACUACUGUGUAUCUUGGGAGAAAGCCGGCGAUACUUCUUAAUUCACUUCAGGUCAUGAAGGAAGCCUUCGUUCAGAAUGGUUCAUCUUUUUGCGGAAGGCCACCAGUACCUGUUUUAACCUGGGUCAAUCAGGGAUAUGGUAUCAUAAUGGCCAUGGAUGGUCACUCCUGGAGGCAGCAGAGACGGUUUGCUCUGCACACACUCAGAAACUUUGGUCUGGGAAAGAAGUCCGUUGAGGAACGUGUGACUGAGGAAAGCGGUUACCUUAUUUCUGAAUUGCUCAAAGCGGAAGGCAAAUCGUUCAACCCCCAACACGCAAUACACAACGCUGCUGCCAACAUUAUCUGCUCCAUCGUGUUUGGAGAUCGAUUCAACUAUGAUAACAAGAGCUUCACAUAUCUUCUGGAAAUCAUAAAAGAAAACCUCGAUCUGGCAGGCUCACUUGCUGGACAGAUGGUUAAUUUGGUUCCUAUCAUCAAAAGUUUGCCAGGGCCACAUCAGAAAAUACAUCAGAAUGGAGAAGAAUUUAAGUCUUUCAUUAGAGAAUCAGUCAAAGCACACAGAGAAACUCUGGAUCCAGACAGUCCACGAGAUUUUAUCGAUGCCUACCUGCUGGAGAUGGAAAAACAAAAGUCCACUCAGGACUCCACUUUUCACGAGUAUAACAUGGUUAUGGCUGUGGGUGAUUUGUUUUUCGCUGGAACCGACACUACAGCGACCACCAUCAGAUGGGGACUCCUCUACUUGACUCAAAACCCUGACGUACAAGAGCGAUGUCAUAAGGAGAUUGUUCGGGUUCUGGGUUUCGACCGCUUUCCCAGCAUGGAUGACCGUGACCAACUACCAUACACACUCGCCACUGUUCAUGAGAUUCAACGCUGUGGAAACAUCGCACCUUCUGGAGUGCCUCAUCAAACAACUCAACCAACAAAACUACGAGGAUACGACAUUCCCCAGGGAACUCAGAUACUGAUUAACUUGACGGAUAUUUUGGCUAACAAGGAGCACUGGAAGCAUCCAGACACUUUUAACCCAGAGAAUUUCUUAGAUGAUAAGGGACAUUUCUUCAAGCCAGAGGCUUUUCUUCCUUUCUCCUUGGGUCCGAGAGCCUGUCUUGGUGAGACUCUGGCUAAGACUGAGCUCUUCCUCUUCGUCACUUCUCUCCUUCAGCGGAUUCGUUUCUCCUGGCCAACUGGAGAGAAGUGGCCGGAUAUGAAUAGGAUUCUCAGUGUGGUUCGCUCUCCUGAUCCAUUCAACAUCAUCUGCCAUAGCAGAGGUUCAAAAGACUGACCACCAGUGUCCGACCUAAAAUUUAAGUUUCCAAAGAUGUAGACUUUUUGUAUGCAGUUUAAAAGUUAAAAAGGUGGUAUGGUUAGCUGUUUUGACAGCUUUCACUGUGGAAACUGAUGUAAGUGCAUACUGUACCGAAUCGUACCACUCAGUUGAAAGUGCAGUAGGCCAUAGGUUGAAAGUCUCUUCACAUUCCAAUAGUAAUGAUUAAAGUAAAUGAUCUAAAUGUAUUUAUAUGUAUUUUUAUAUUCUGGGCGAGGCAUAAAACUAAAAAAUGGUCAUCCAAUUAAAUAUUGUCAGGCCGACAAUUCCCAUGAGUCUAAUAUGUAGAUUUGUACAACUGCACAUGUUCACACAAAUCUGCCAUGUGCACACGAGACACAGCCGUAAAAUCAAAUGCUGAAUGAAAAAUUAUAACCCUGAAUUAAUAUUGGAGUUAGUGGAAGGGCGACACUACGGCUGACGGAUUUCUUUUAGACCGGUAAUGUUAUGUUUAAAACUCAUUUAGGCUGGAUUUACACUGCAGAUCUUGAUGGUCAAUUCCGAUGACCGUAUCCGAUUUAUUUGAUGACCUGCUUACAUCAUCUUUUAAAAGUGACUUGUAUCCGAUCGUCUGCAUUUACACAGCACACGGCAAAGGCGCAAUGACCAGGAAAAAAAGAGCAGGCGCUGACUAACAGCCGAUAAUUAACGAGGGCUCUUUUCUCUAUUCCUGUAUCUAAUCUGUUCUCAGCUUUUGACAAGCUGUUUUACUAUAGUUUAUGACAGAAAGGUUCUCAUUUGUCCAUCUUCUUUUGAUAUAUAGGCUUUUUUAAACCUUUAGGCUUCUUAAUGUAAUACCCAUGGCGUGAUUUAUGCACGUGAUGUAUGCGCUAGUUUUAUAUUAGUUUAUAUUGGUUACGUGGCGGACAUUGCACUCUCUCGCUCUCGUUAACAUGCUUAAAUUCCUGUGCUAUAUGACAAUAUAAAAGCUUGUGUAUGAGAUUUAAGGUUUGAUACUCUGCUGAAGUCUGUUCUGAAAUGAAAGCGUCAGAGUUGACAUCAUUCGCUAUGGUUUUUAAUGACGCGCGACUCGCAUUGACAGGUGAAAAUCCGAUCUACCUGCUUACACUAUAGACAUGAGGGCACAGAUCCGAUUCAUAUCGGAUAAGUUUCCACAUAUGAACAAGGCCUGAUUCUGAGUUGAGUAAAUCGGAAUCCAUGUGAUUUGUUCCUGCUUACACGUACAUAGGCCAUAUCCGAUCUGUGCCACAUGGGAGAAAAAAAUCUGAAUUGAUUCACUUGUGCAGUGUAAAUGCAGCCUUAGUCAUGCAAAGCUGACGUAGUUAGUGAAUGGGUUAUAUGCACAG